AUUUGAUCUAAAAUUAUGGAUUAAAGGAGUCCCUAAAAGUAGCAGUCGUCGCCAAUAAAAAUGUCAAUCAAUAAUAUAGAUAAAAUCACUUAUGCAAUUAAGGAUUCUUGGAAGAGUUAAAUGGAUGAAAAUCAGAAACUGUUUGAUUAGUUUUUAUAAUAUUGCAAAUCCCAAUAUCCCGUAUUCAAUAUCAAAUUCACAUGUUCCAUCAGUGGAGAAUGGCUAGAGUAACCAGUAUUUAAAUUAAUUAUCAAAGGUGUCAUUUACGCAAUGCAUAAUAGAUAAAAAACAUCUGAAUGAUUGCUUUGAUCUUAAAUAGAUAUUGAAAUAUUUGAUAUAGAAUGACAGUAAUUUUAUGUAAGAUGGAUAUAUAUAGUGCCCUCUAUGCAGAUCAAAGAGUCAUUUUAAAAAAGAUAUACCAUUAAUCCCAAAUCUGUUUUUCCAAUAACUUAAAUAACAAGUAUAAAUCGAAUAUUUUGUAGUUAAAUGACAAAUCGAAGCCAAUAACCUACUAUUUAUCUACUCAAACCCUGAUUCCAUUCUACCCAGGCUUCCUAGGGAAGGAGCAAUUUCAAUACAACAACCAAAUUUAAUAAAUAUUUGGUCAGUAAUAAGAUGUUCAACAGAGUUUCUCUACUAUUAGAAAGAUAACGAAGGGGAACGAAUCCUUUAAAUAUUUUCAUGUAUGUUUGUUAGGGAACAUAAGAAUCUAAAUUCCAGUGAGAGGAAAACAAUGUCGCCACUUAGAAUGUUAUGAUUUUCUAUACUUACAAUGGUACAUGCAACAACGGGAUUGUAAUAAUAAUUAUAUUUUCAGAAAAGUAAUUGAAGUGUCUUCUCCUGGGAUGUUAGGAGAUCAUUAAUUUGAAUGAAUUGCAACUGGACUCAGAGUUGUAUGAGAUAGGAUUGAAAAGCUUUAAUUUCUCCUCAGACUUUAUAUUUGAUCCAUAGUCCUCAACUUUGUUGGACACGUAUUCAAUCACUAAUUACGAUCCUCAGAUAGCUGCUUAUAAGAAGUUGGUUCCUACAACUACAGAAACUAUGAAUUAUAUAAAAUCUAUCUAUGAUCUCACGGAUAGAAUUUAUUCCUCUACAAAGAAUUAGGAACUGACAGAUAAGUUUUAUGAACAUCCUUUGAAUGGUGAUCUCAAUAUCAUUAAAGAUUCAAGUACCAAUUGCAAAGUUGAAAUACCUUGUAGAUGUAUAAGAUGUGACAAAGUAAAUGUUUGCGAUCUUAGAUUCAUGAGUUGCAUCUUAAAUUAAGUGCAACACCCAGAAAACAGGAAUGGAGUCAAGACUUAUUCAGUUGCUUGUCCAUUGUGUAAUAAUCCUUUUUCGCCUAAAAAAAGACACAGGGAUCAGAGUGUUCACGAAUAAGUGUAUGUGGAUACAAAGAUGCUCAAUUUCAUAACCACAAUUAAGAAUUUCAAUUACUUAAACAAGGAAAAAUAUCAACUCUUUUUAUAAAAAAAGCUGUAUCCCACUUUGAGAUUUGAAGAAUUGGAAUCUCCAAUUUAAGAACUAGAUUAAUUUAAUCUAAAAUUAAGGGUAAUACUUAUAUAUAUUUAAUCAAUUAUUAGUGUUUGAUAACAAAUUAGAAGUUAAGAAAUCCGAUUAGAGGCAUCUAUUGUCACCAUCCUGAAGCUUUCGACGAGAAUAGUCUUACUGAUUUGUGUUCAACAGGUUAAUUGGAUUUGAAUUUGGCGUAGUGUCCCUUGUGCCAAUAAAGUAUUCAUAAGCUAACUCAUGAUAAUACUUUCAAGGAGCUUUUAGGUUAAUUACAAGGAGAUUUUGAUGAGGUUUAAGUGUUUCCGAAAUUGAAAUUAAUCAAACAAUUAAAAUGA